AGAUUCCACCCCUCGACUGUCUCCCCCCAAAAAUUUCCUUUCACUUUCGGUCUCUGGCUGUCACCCGGCUUGGCCCCUUCCACACCCAGCUGGGGCAAGCCUGACCCGGCCACAGGAGGCAUGAGGGGCCCCCGGCCGAAAUGACAGUGCUGGCGCCAGCCUGGAGCCCAACAACCUAUCUCCUCCUGCUGCUGCUGCUGAGCUCGGGACUCAGUAGGACCCAGGACUGCUCCUUCCAACACAGCCCCAUCUCCUCCGACUUCGCUGUCAAAAUCCGUGAGCUGUCUGACUACCUGCUUCAAGAUUACCCGGUCACCGUGGCCUCCAACCUGCAGGACGAAUCAGAGUCCUCAGCCCCUCCUCCCUCAGACCCAGGAGCCCCGGCCCAGCUCCUCCUCCCUCAGACCCAGCAGCCCCGUGCCCAGCUCCUCCCUCAGACCCGUGGGUUCUCCCCGCUAGGAGGAGCUCUGCGGGGCCCUCUGGCGGCUGGUCCUGGCACAGCGCUGGAUGGAGCGGCUCAAGACUGUCGCUGGGUCCAAGAUGCAAGGCUUGCUGGAGCGCGUGAACACGGAGAUACACUUUGUCACCAAAUGUGCCUUUCAGGAGACCUCCGAGCAGCUGGUGGCGCUGAAGCCCUGGAUCACUCGCCAGAACUUCUCCCGAUGCCUGGAGCUGCAGUGUCAGCCCGACUCCUCAACCCUGCUACCCCCAUGGAGUCCCCAGCCCCUGGAGGCCACAGCCCCGACAGCCCCGCAGCCCCCUCUGCUCCUCCUACUGCUGCUGCCCGUGGGCCUCCUGCUGCUGGCCGCUGCCUGGUGCCUGCACUGGCAGAGGACGCGGCGGAGGACACCCCGCCCUGGGGAGCAGGUGCCCCCCGUCCCCAGUCCCCAGGACCUGCUGCUUGUGGAGCACUGACCUGGCCAGGGCCUCAUCCUGGGGAGGACACUGAGGCACACAGAGGGGAGUCACCAGCCAGAGGAUGCAUAGCCUGGACACAGAGGAAGUUGGCUAGAGGCCGGUCGCUUCCUUGGGCCCGAUGCCCCUCUCAUUCCCUCCCCAGGAUGGAGGCAACGCCAGAACCCAGCACCGGCCCCACUUACCCAACUCUGUACAAAGCCCUUGUCCCCAUGAAAUUGUAUAUAAAUCAUCCUUUUCUACCAGCUCUCGCCAGGUCUGUCUAUGGAUGGGUGUGAAUGGGGUAGUUUUGAUUUCAGAAUCUUGGUUUUUGAAUUGCAAUGCAAUGUUUCAUUCAAUACAUGUUUUCUGAGGUCCGCUGGAGCCCCGGGCCGGCGCUGGGCAAUGUCAGAGCCUGGAUUUGAGUCAGAACCAGCCCAGUCGCCCCAGGUCUCCUAGGCUAUGGACGAGAAGACAAGGGAUUCAGCGAGCCUGGGUGCAGGAUGCCAUAGGCUCCUAUGGAGAUAGCACAGAGGC